ACUCACACAUUCGUGUUUAUGUAUAUGCAUUAUAAUAUAUAUAUACCCAAGUAUAUUUAUGUGUGAUAUUAAUAAAAAUAUCGGUUGGAUUUUUUUCGCGAAAAACCAAUAUCGGAUAUCCAUCGGCUGUAUAGUAUUUUUAAAGUAUAGUUGGUGGUUUAUGCCUUAAUAGUUUAUGGUUAUUGGCUAUUCUAGAUCCACUACAAUAUUAUGUCAGACCGCAGUUCGUUACCAAACUGCCGUAAGACAUCAACAUCAACAACAACAACAACAACAACAACAACAAAACUACAAGAGCAUCUCUAAUUAAUACCGCUGCUUUACGAAUGUGACACUGCUGCAACAGCCAGCAGUGAUUAUUGGCUACGAACGGAACAAUUGACGAUCGCCGGUGUCGCCGACUUGACCCCAUCCGUUCGCCGUUGCCUAUAGCUUUUAAGAUUAAAACGAUUGAGAAGUCUGUCAGAACGCUGGUGAGUACGUUAUUGUUCUUCUCAGUAACGACGACAGAGCAGCAGCUAUUCGGUACGGUUUUCUCUCGACGCUUAUCAUAUCUUCCAAGCUCGCAGUCAUUGUGGAGUCACAUCGGACGUGCCGGUUAGCAUACCUGUACCUGACACUCACGUUUUCGUGCUUCGUCGUAUGUGGAGGGUGCGCACGACAUGUCCAAGAAGAAAGAUCACGAGAGAAAGAGUCAGUGGGCAUGGGCCGAAAACAUUCACCCAAACAACAUCGAAUUCGACCACAUACUCAAAGCAUAUCGCAUAGGAUUACCCAACUGCAAACCUCUCUCUUGCCGUCGUAAUUGUAAGAACAAUCCUUACUGUCUAUCUGGACUUGGAGAACAACGUUGGCUUCAAGAUAAAGUGCGCACACCUGUUAAUGACUAUGAAGAUCCAGAGCUUGAACGGCGACAAAACAAUAAAUUUGUUGGUUUAAAAAACUUGGGUGCAACAUGUUAUAUCAAUAGUCUCUUACAGCUGUGGUUUCAUAACAUUAACUUCAGAAAAGCAAUAUUUAACUGGAAACCAGAAGAAGAUUCAACUGAAAGUCAAAACAAGUCUCUUUAUGCUGAAAACUCAUAUGUACCAGAGACUAGUGUGGGUCAUCUACAGUUAGUAUUUGCUUUAAUGCAAUUUGGUAAACAAAGGUCAGUAGAUCCUGAAGAUUUUAUUACAACUUUAAGAAUUAAUACUGCUCUUCAACAGGAUGCUCAUGAGUUUUCAAAUUUGUUCCUAUCAGUCUUGGAAAACAAGUUUAGUACACAAUCGGAUGCCUCUGUCAGAGAUAUGGUUAGAGAUAACUUUCUUGGGGAAUACAAAUAUGUUACUACGUGUUUAAAAUGUAAAACUAAAUCAACACGCCCGUCAACAUUUUAUGAACUUGAUUUAAACAUCAAAGGUCAUAAAACGUUAAAUGAAAGUUUGCAGGAGUUUUUAAAAGAAGAGCAUUUAACAGGAGAUGAUCAAUACUAUUGUGAUCACUGUAACUGCAAACAAGAUGCUGUACGAAAAAUAUGUUUAACUACUUUACCGCCUGUGCUUAAUAUUCAACUAAUGCGUUUUGUUUAUGAUAGACAAACAAUGCAGAAAAAAAAAUUAAACACAUAUAUACAAUUUUCGCAAACAUUAGAUAUGGCUCGGUAUUUAAAUUUACCGGUUGAACUUGAUGAAUCAUCAAAAGAAAAUCAUUUAUAUAAUUUAUGUGCAGUUCUUAUACAUAAAGGUUCAAGUGCAUAUUCUGGUCAUUAUGUUGCUCACAUCAAAGAUAUUGCCGCCGAAGAAUGGUAUAAAAUGAAUGAUGAAAAUGUUGAAAAACUAAAGGGCAAGGGUUUAAAUUUGUGCACUGAAGACGAGUUUAAGUUAAAUGGUUCAAAAGUUACUAAAGCUCCCAAGAUUCAAAAAGGUAUGUUACAAACAAACAAUGCUUAUAUGUUGGUUUAUAUGCAUCAUACCAUGAUUACAAAACUAAAAGCCGAAUCAUCUAACUGGGAGUUGUCACCAAGACUGAUUCACCUUGUGGAGGCUCGUAAUAAUAACUUUGAAAAUACAAUAUUAAAUAUUAAGAGUAAUCGGGAGUAUGUAGAAGACAAAGAUAAAGUUUUUGUUGAGCAAAUGUUGAAUUUAAUAACCGAAAUGAACUCUGUAUCUGUAAAAGAAAAAAAAAAAGAAGCAAUUUCAUUACAGUGGCUUAACUAUUGGUUUAAAAUCACACCAAAUCAAAAUGUCAAGGAAAUAAGCAACUGUGCAAUUUUAUGCAAACAUAACUUACUUGACCCUGAUAAGGUGCAUGAAGCCAAAUACAUUGGAACAGAAUUAGCUGAUAAAUUGUAUGGUAUAUAUCAAGGGGGUCCAAGGCUCAAAUUAAAUUCAUCAAUGUGUUGGAAAUGUGUAAGAAAUAAAUGUGCCUUGUUAUACACCAAAACAUUAACCGCUGAACAAAAUAAAACUAUCACCACAGUUUUACAUAGUUGGAAUCCCACUCCUAGUGUAGAUGAUGAAAACCAUGAAAAAAGUUACUGGGUUGGAAAAGAUUCAUUAAAAAGUUGGCGACGAAUGUACUUAGAAUUGUUUGAAUAUUUUGUUAAUAAUCAUGAUAUACCCCCAAACACGGCACUGCCUCUUAAUCCAGAUUUAUUGUCAGUAGUAUGUGAUCCAUCAAGCAGUUUUGUUGAGGACAAAAAAUUCUUUAAGCCCAAAGAUAGAAGCCGGUUUAUUAAAAUGGAAGGAAUAACAUUGGAAUCCAUUGAUGGAUGUCGGAAACUUGCUCAUAUGUUUGUUAACAAUUCAAUAUCGAUUUUCAAAAUUCUAAAGCUCAAUGAUUUCAAACCAUUUCAUUAUUCCUUAUUGGAAUUAGAGUCAGUCUUAGAAGAAAUGACUAAUAUAUUGUCUUCAGUUAUUGCUAAAAAAGUUAAUGAUGAAUUAGCUAAUGAAGAGAAAAAAUAUGAUAAAAGUAAAAUAGAUAAUUCAAAAAAUAUGAUAACUGAAUGCUUAAUUCCAAAUGAGAGUGAAUCAAAAACAGACGAUGAGCACAAAGAAGAUGAUGUGGAGGAUAAUAGUCAUGAAGAAAAAGAUAAGCACGAUGAUUCUGAUUCUUUUGAUAACAAAAAUGAUACUGAGUACAUGUCAUGGGGAUUCAAUGAAGACAUUACAUGUUCACAUGGAAACUUGACUAUUGAAAAUAAUACUAGGAGAUUGGUUCCAGAAGUAGUAAAAGAAAUACUUCAUUCAUACUUUCCUAAAGCACCAAUAUUUUCCAAUGAUAUAGAACCAUGUAAUGUAUGCCGAAAUAUGCAGAGUCAAGAUGAGAUUACUAAAAAUCUACACAAGCAGUCUGCUAUUUCCGAAAAAGAAUUGCUAAGUGAUUUGCUGUGGAAUAAAAAAAGACCUGUUCCUUCACAGGAAAAUUCUCCAUAUCCCUGUGUUUCUAAGAAUUUUUUAGAAUCUUGGAGAAAAUUUGUGAGAAAUUCAUCAAAAGAACCCAGACCGCAUUCGAUUGUGAACGAAGCACUUCUUUGCAAAGAACACACUGGACUGUUAUUUGAACCACCUUCAAAUUUGUAUUCGACUGAACAAAAUCCAAUAGCGCUAUUAACUAAAGAAGAAUGGACGAUUCUUUCACGAUGUUAUGCAGCUGAUUAUGGAGUAUAUUUGUACUUUGGUGAACUUGGAAUGUUUACAACAUCAAAUCCAGAAAUAUGUGUACCUUGCCGCCAGAGAAGAUUGGACGAGGAGAAAAAGGAACAGUUAAAGUAUAAUAAAGCAAAAAUUUUUAUUAAAGUGAUUGAAAAAGAAUCGUACGAAAAUAGAUUCAACGGAAUCGAUGACAAGGAUGAGUUAUGGGGCAACUGUUCGAAGAAAAUUAAACUGGAUACGGCGUGCCUGAACGGCACUAGUGGCUCUGCAACGGCCGCCGCUCCCACGUACGUCAACAACGGCGCAUUAGAGUUGGGAAUCAGAAGAAGUGCUCGAAACCGAAGGCCUAGGGGUGAAUUGAUUGUGGUUUCUUCCAACGACACGUUGCUUGAUCUCAAGAUGAAGAUCAUGGGCGCAUUCAACGUCAUGCCCAAUGAUCAGCAUCUGAAAACAGCGGAAGGUGUUAGGUUGGAUGAUAAUGAAGCUACAUUGGCUGACCUAGAAAUUCUUCCUGAUACAUUAAUUCUAGCAAAGUUUGACGAACCUACUGAAGAUCUGCCAGAAUUCGUCGCCGAGGAAGAAGCUGGUUUCAAAGGUACUGAGCUCAUGAGUUGAAAGAUCCGAAUUGAAAUUUGUACAAUAAAGAAAUAUACUAUAUAUAUAUUAAUAAUAUUAAUAUAUAAAUAAUAUAUAUAUUAUAUAUUAUAUAUAACAUAAAUUGAAAAAAUCCAUAUGGCUAGAUAAUUUAUUACUUUUAUUUAUAUAUAUAUAUAUACACACACAUCUACGUAUGUAUAUAACAAUAUUGUAUUGAGUUUUAAAGUAGGCGAAUAUUACUAAAUAGUUUUUUUGAACACUUAUGUAUACAUAAUAUUAGUGUUUAUGUUAGUAUUUAUUUCAGGCUAAAUCGUUAAAACAAUUAUAUUUUUAUAUUAUUUAAAAAAAUGUUUUUAAAGGCUUUUUUUUAGACAGGGAUAUUUAAAUUUAUUUGUUUACUUCGAGUUAAUUUAUAUUUGUGUAAGAAAUGCGUGUGUUGAUCAUUUUAAAAUAUUGUCAUCUCUCCGCCAAUUGACGUCAUCGUUGUGAAGCCGCUGGAGAGGAAUUCGUUUCAAACUUUUAUUGUUAUAUCGUAAUUUUUAAUUUAUUAUUAUUAUCAUUAUCAUAUUAUAGUAUUGUAUAUAAAUAUUUUUUUUUUGAUAGCAACAAGACACUAAAAAGUUUUAAUGAGAUAUUAUGUGUGUUGCGUGUGUUAUAUGAUAAUGAAUUACUUACUAUUUUUGUAUCUUGCUUUGAUGUUAAAUUUUCGCACAUAUAUACUUUGUGUGUGAAAAUAAAAAUAAUUUUUAUUAUAAUAAUAAAGAACAGGAACAAAACGAUACCAAAAAAAAAAAA